AUGUCUUGGUUACAAAAAGGUCAUCAAAUAUUGGUGAAUGAUCAGGCCUAUGUUGAAUUUCAUAUUGGAAGCCAUAGGGAUAAUGUUUUGUGUGAUGUAAUGCCCAUAGAUGUGCACCAUGUAUUGCUUGGAAGACCUGGGCAAUUUGGCAGGAAAGCGGUGCAUGAUGGAAGGGAGAACACAUAUACCAUUGAAAACGAUGGAGAUAAGAACACCUUGAUGCCAAUAAAAGAGAAAGAAGAGGGAAGUAGAAGUAGUAGCAACAGUAAGGUAAUGAUGGUAAGUGGAGAGGAUUUUUUACAUGAUUUAAAGAAUGAAGAAUUUUUUUAUGCUUUGGUUCUUAAACCUAAAAGUGUUUUAUCUUCCUCAAAAGUUGAUGAUUUUCGUAUUGAAGUGCAAGAUAUUUUGAAUGAACAUAAUGAUAUCAUUGCAUCUAAUUUUCCUAGUGAAUUACCUCCUAUGAGGAGCAUUAGUCAUCAUAUAGAUUUGAUUCUGAGGGCUAGCCUUCCUAACAAAGCUUAUUAUAGGUUAACACCUAUGGAGAAUGAAGAAAUAAGGAAGCAAGUGUAA